CCAUGAAAUCCAAAGAAGAUUAUCCGGCAAUUGCCAAAGCCCUUGUGCGCAGUCUUCACGGUCCCAAAGAAGUACAAUACGCAUUACUGAGCAAUAUUUCUACUCUGUCGAAAAAUCACCCGGGUCUUUUCGACCCGUAUUUGCAUUCGUUCUACUGCUUUGCCAACGAUCCACUCUAUAUCAAAUUGGUCAAGCUGAACAUAUUGGGGAAUUUGGCCACGGAAACAUCGAGUCCAACCAUUCUGCGCGAAUUUCAGGUAAACUGGGUUGUUUUUAUUAUAAUUUCGCCGCUACAUCAUGAAAGAUGUAUGAGAGAAAAGAUGAGUUUCGGUUCUGCACCGGUCCUUAGUUGA